AUAAGAAGAAAGAAAACGAAAGGGAUAUAUACAUAUUUAUAGGCAUAUAUGAAAUCUCUUUAAUCUGCUAAUUUAUCAACAUCCUUCUCUCUCCAUAUAUCAUUGGUGGAACUAUUCUUUUGAUGAUGUUAUUUUCCAGUACUACAACCAAUGUAACCAAAAUACCCUAGUCAAGCUAAUUACUUCAACAUCUUUUCUUCCUCUCUUUUCUAAUAAUUUUCUCUUUCUAUUUUAAGAAUGCUUUUUUCUUCUAACAAUCUCUCUUCACUUUUGUGAGCUCCCAUUCUUCUAUCUUUACAGAUCUCUUCUAUUUUCCAUUCUUUUAGCUCCCUUCAGCUUCUUGCUAUUUCAGGUUGAAAAUGGUGAGGCAAAAAAUCCAGAUCAAGAAGAUAGACAACUUGACAGCAAGGCAAGUGACUUUCUCAAAGAGAAGAAGAGGGCUUUUCAAGAAAGCUCAGGAGCUUUCAACUCUUUGUGAUGCUGAUAUUGGACUCAUUGUUUUCUCUGCUACUGGAAAACUUUUUGAAUAUUCAAGCUCCAGUAUGGUGCAACUGAUUGAGAAGCACAAGAUGCAGUCAGAAAGGGAAAAUAUGGAUAGUCCAGACCAACUCCAAUCUUCUAACCUUCAGAGCGAGAGGAAAACCUGUGCAAUGCUUAGCAGGGAAUUUGUGGAGAAGAAUCGGGAGUUGAGGCAACUUAAUGGAGAAGAGCUGCAAGGACUUGGCCUGGAGGAACUAAUGAAAUUGGAGAAGAUAGUCGAGGGAGGAAUAAGUCGUGUACUGAAGAUUAAGGGUGACAAGUUUAUGAGAGAGAUCAGUUCCCUCAAGAAAAAGGCAACUCAACUGCAGGAAGAGAAUUCACAGUUGAAACAACAAUCAGAACAGGCAAGAGUGUUGCAAUUUGAGGGCCAAACUGCAACUGAGCAAGGACAAUCGGCAGAUUCCAUCACCAACAAUCGCAGCUUAGUCAAUAGUCAUCAGGACUGCAAUGACUCAGAUACUAGCCUCAAGUUAGGCUUGGCCUUUCCUUAAUGAGCUUGAUUUGAGAGCCAGGGAUAUAUAUUUACUGUGUAAUUUUCUAUUGAUGCAUCAUAUAGUCAAAUGUAUAAAUUGAUUAGGUCACUUGACCAGGUCUUGAAAGACUUUGAGAUCACCGAAUUUCUGGAGAAUCGAGGGGUCAAUAGUCUAAUCGUAAUGGUGUUUGCAACAGAUGUAGCUAGCUAGGUACUUUAUCGGUUGAUAUCUAUUCAAUCAAAUGUAUCAUCUUAAUUUACAUGGUCAUGUGAUGCCUGAAAUAUAUGGCUAGUUCGUGUA